UGUAUAAAUGAGUAGCUCAUGAACUGAGCAAGAAACCAAUUAGCGUCGUGGUGAUUAAUUAAUGGCGAAGGCAACGACUGGCAUCUGCCUCGUUGACGUCAUCCUCUUCUCGUUCUUCCUCGUUGCUCCCAGAGCCUUCGCCGCCGCCGCGGCCGUUACCGACACGCUCCGCGGCGGCCGGAACAUCACCGACGGCGAGACGCUCGUGUCGGCCGACGGCACGUUCACUCUGGGGUUCUUCUCCCCCGGGGUGUCAGCCAAGAGAUACCUCGGUAUAUGGUUCACGGUCUCCCCUGAUGCCGUUUGCUGGGUGGCCAACCGAGACAGCCCUCUCAACGUCACCUCCGGCGUGCUGGCGAUCAGCGACGCCGGGAUCCUCGUCCUGCUCGACGGCUCCGGCGGCGGCCAUGUCGCGUGGUCGUCGAACUCGCCCUACGCCGCCUCGGUGGAGGCGCGGCUGUCUAACUCCGGCAACCUGGUCGUCCGUGACGCAAGCGGCAGCACCACCACGUUGUGGCAGUCGUUCGAUCACCCGUCGAACACCUUGUUGCCGGGCAUGAAGAUGGGCAAGAACCUGUGGACCGGGGCCGAGUGGGACCUCACGUCGUGGCGCUCGCCGGACGACCCGUCGCCGGGGGCCUACCGCCGCGUGCUGGACACCAGCGGCAUACCGGACGUUGUCCUGUGGCAAGACGGCGUCGAGAGGUACAGGUCGGGGCCAUGGAACGGCCGGUGGUUCAGCGGCAACCCGGAGGCGGCGACGUACACGACGAACCUGAUCACGUUCCAGGUGACCGUCAGCCCGGGGGAGAUAAGCUACGGCUACGUCUCCAAGCCUGGGGCGCCAUUGACGCGCUCCGUCGUGCUCGACACCGGCGUGGUGAAGCGGCUGGUGUGGGAGGCGACGAGCCGGACAUGGCAGACGUACUUCCAGGGGCCGAGGGACGUGUGCGACGCCUACGCCAAGUGCGGGGCGUUCGGCCUGUGCGACGCCAACGCGCCGUCGACGUCGUUCUGCGGCUGCCUCAGGGGGUUCAGCCCGACGUCUCCGGCGGCGUGGGCGAUGAAGGACGCCUCCGGCGGAUGCCGGCGAAACGUGCCGCUGCGCUGCGGCAACACGACGACGACGGAUGGGUUCGCGUUGGUGCAGGGAGUGAAGCUCCCCGACACGCACAACGCGUCGGUGGACACGGGCAUCACGGUGGAGGAGUGCAGGGCGAGGUGCGUGGCCAAUUGCUCGUGCUUGGCCUACGCCGCGGCGGAUAUCCGAGGAGGCGGCGGUGGUAGCGGCUGCGUCAUUUGGACCGGCGGCAUCGUUGAUCUUCGGUAUGUCGACCAAGGGCAGGGUCUGUUCCUGAGGUUGGCAGAGUCUGAAUUAGAUGAGGGUAGGAGCCGGAAGUUUAUGCUCUGGAAAACUGUUAUUGCUGCACCAAUAUCUGCCACGAUUAUUAUGCUCGUACUGCUACUUGCUAUUUGGUGCAGAAGGAAACACAAAAUCUCAGAAGGUAUACCUCAUAAUCCUGCUACAACAGUUCCUUCAGUUGAUCUGCAGAAAGUGAAGGCGGCCACUGGAAAUUUCUCACAGAGCCAUGUGAUUGGCCAAGGAGGAUUUGGCAUAGUUUACAAGGGCCAGUUACCUGAUGGGAGAAUGAUUGCUGUAAAACGGCUACACCAAUCAACCCUCACCAAGAAAGGCAAGAAGGAUUUCACAAGAGAAGUGGAGGUGAUGGCUAGGCUCAGACACGGCAACCUUCUUCGUCUCCUUGCCUACUGCAGCGAAGGCAGCGAGCGUGUGCUGAUAUACGACUACAUGUCAAACAGGAGUUUGGAUCUCUACAUAUUUGGCGAUUCUGGCCUCCGACUCAUGCUCAACUGGAGAAAAAGAUUGGGCAUCAUUCAUGGGAUCGCCAAUGGUAUUGCGUACCUGCACGAGGGAUCAGGCGAGUGCGUCAUCCACAGGGAUCUGAAGCCUCCGAACGUACUGUUGGACGACAGUUUCAGACCCAAGAUUGCAGAUUUUGGCACCGCCAAGCUAUUCACAGCAGACCAGCCAGAGCCUUCCAAUCUCACCGUUGUGGUUUCACCGGGAUACGCAUCUCCGGAGUACGCAUGGCGAGGGGAGAUGACACUAAAGUGCGAUGUCUACAGCUUUGGAGUCGUUCUUCUCGAAACCCUUAGCGGACAGAGGAAUGGUCCCAUGUACAGUCUCCUUCCACAUGCAUGGGAGCUGUGGGAGCAGGGCAGGGUGAUGUCCCUCCUUGACGCGAUGAUCGGUCUCCCUCUCUCAGUCUCAGGGCCUGAUCACACCGAGAUGGAAGAUGAACUGGCGAGGUGCGUGCAGAUCGGGCUCCUGUGCGUGCAGGAUGCGCCGGAGGAAAGGCCGGCCAUGUCGGCGGUCGUCGCGAUGCUGACCAGCAAGAGCUCACGGGUGGAUCGUCCCAAGAGGCCAGGGGUUCACGGCGGCAGAAGCAGGCCACCGUUGCGCGAGUCGGAGCUGCUGGGCGCCACCGACAUUGACGACGAUCUCACGUAGUACAACUGUACAGGGUUAUAUAUAUAGUCCCUCCGUCUCUACGCCAUUUACUUUACUAAACAUGUUUUACCGUUCAUCUUAUUUAAAAGAUUUAAGUAAUUGUUAA